AUGGACGACGACCGACGACCGACGACGAAGGACGGACGACGACGACGACCGACGACGACGACGGUCGACGACGACGACGACGACAACUGUCGACGACGACGACGACGGUCGACGACGACAGUCGACGACGCCGACGACGACGGUCGGCGACGACGACGACGGUCGGCGACGGCGGCGAGGACGACCCGCGGCUUCCCGCAGGUGCAGAGUUGCUGGAACGAGUUUCUCCGCGGCGCCGAGUCCCGCGAGGCGGCGGGCGAGGCCAUCUACGCGGCGGUCUUCGACGCCGCGCCCAGCCUGCAGAGCCUUUUCAAGACGCCGAGGGCCGUCAUGGCCAUGCGCUUCAUGAACGGCCUGAACCAGAUCAUCGCUUCCCUGCUGGACCCCAGGGGGAUGAAGGUCGUGGUCGAGACCCUGGCCUUCCAGCACUUGGACCUCGACGUGACCAUCCCCAGGACGGUCAUCUUCCGCGACGCCAUCGUCGAUCUGCUCGCGGUCGAGCUCGGCGCGCGCUUCAACAAGAGGGCCCGCGAGGGCUGGUCCAUCAUGCUGAACUACACCGGCGGCGCGUACAUCUCGGGGGGGGCCAGGGCCGCAGAUCGGCUGGUCCACCGCCUGCCCGCGGAGCUGCUCUCGGUGCAAGGGCGCUUGGCGAGCGCGGAGGACGCGUUGGACUCGCUCGCCGAUGGUCGCGAGGCCGCGCAACGCGCCCGCGCGCUCCUGCCUGCUCUUCUCGCGAAGCUGGAAGGGCGGCCUCCCAGCCUGCUGGAGACCCUUCGGCGGAACGUGGCACUCCACGCCAGCGCCGAGGGCGUUGGCGUCUUGACCGCCAGUGCUGCCGUGCUGCGCCGAGUGCAGCACUGGCCGCGGCUCGAGGCGCGCCUUGGCGUGGCGCGGAGUGGUUUGCGCGCAGGCGCUGCGGACUUCGUGACAGGUGCGGGACGCUGGCAGCCGCUGCCCGAGGCCGAGGCGGAGGCGGUGAAGGAGCAGGAGGGCUGGCAUGCCGCUGGCGUGAAGUUUUCCCUCGACGUGAUCGUAGAGAGCGACCCAAGAGGCGGGCCGCCCCGACCCCUGCCUCCCCCGACCAUCUACACGCGGACGAAAUUCGCCGACCGCCUGAAGAUCCUGGCGUCCAGCUGGGCCACGGCGAACAACAAGAAGGAGGACGAGUUCGCAGAGGUGGUGGCGCCAGGCGAGGGUGAGGAGGAGGGCGAGGAGAAGGACGAGAAGGAGAAGGAGGCCGCCGCGAGCGGGAACGACAACAACCAGGACGUGGGCAGCAAAAUGAUGGGCAACACGGACGGGCCCAGCGCCAAGAAGAAAAAGAAGGGCAGCACAAAGAAGAAGAGGUGGGGUUUCGGCGGCGACAAGGCGGGGGGCGAUGCAGGCGCGGGCCACGAGGCCAAGAGCAUGGACGACUCCGAGGGCGGCAGCUUCAGGAACACCUCCGUGCCGACGACCUACACGGAGAUGUUCUUCUUCAACGCUGCAGUCAUGGGGUUCGGGCAGAGCACCUGGAUGAACGAGGUGCUGGCCUCCUUCGACACCAUCGUCACGAACGUGGCCAACUCCUACCGCCUGCAGGAGGAGUGCGACGUGCUGGCGCUGCGGAUCGCGAAGUACAAGGGCUCCAUCGCGGGGCAGCCACG